GGAAGAAGCAGAAACCGCUAGCUUGUUGUUCUGGUGUGUGAGGAGAAAAUUUGAGGCUCUGCAGUAAAAAUGUCUUCACUUCAGUCUCUGGGAGAGUUGAUCAGCUAAAGCGACUAACUGCUGCUGCUGCAGAAAUCUUCUCACCAGGCUGUGGAAACUUUCUUCUCCUCCUCAACAACUUGGUGGAGUUCUUUCCAGAACCAGAGAAGAUAUUCUGCGGUCUUCGUGACAAUCGGAGCUCCAGAAUCAGGUUGUGGCUGUUAGCUAAACACGGCUAAAGAAAACCUGCUACCACUUCAGGAUCAUCCAUCAGCUGGGACUGAUUCAUCGUGUUUUCUUCACCACCUGGACCUGGACAGCAUGGACACAGGUGAUGCUGGUGAAAAAAGAAGUUCCUGAAGAUCAGAGUACUGUUAUGGACCAGCAGGACCCAGAAAGCCUCCACAUAAAGGAGGAACACAAGGAACUCUGGACCAGUCUGGAGGGAGAGCAUCUCCAUUGGAAGGAGGAGACUGAUGUAGCAAGGUUUCCAGUCACUGCAUUUUCUAUAAAGAGUGAGGAUGAUGAAGAGAAACCUCUGGUCUCACAGCUUCAUCAGCAGCAAAUAGAAGACCGAGAUGUUCCAACCAGCAGCUCAGCUGACCAGAUGGCAGCAGAAACUGGUGGAGGAGCAGGAACUAGCAGGAACCCAGAUCUGAACCCUCAUGAACAAACAUCUGAUUCUUCAGAGACUGAAGUAAGUGAAGAGGAUGAUGAUGAUGAAGUGAAUCUAGACUCUGGGCUGUUGGACUCUUGGGCUGAAACAAAAAACAAAGAUGAAGACAAUCAGUGGAAUGAAAAUAGGACUUCUGAUUCAGAUAUUAAGACUGUCAACAAAUCAUUUAGUUGCCCUGAGUGUGGAAAAAAGUUUCUGCACAAAUGCUUUCUCCAGAAACAUGUGAGAGUGAUGAGACAUUUUGCAAUAAGUUCUUCAAGCUGUUUGGUUAAUAAGAAAUGUGUUAGAGUGAAGCGACAUAAAGACUUGUGCAGGAGAGUCCAGAAAGAACCAGAGUCAUUUAGUUGUAACGACUGUGGCAUAAGAUUUGGUAAAAAAUCGGAUUUAAACAGUCACACAGGACAGAAACCUUUUUCCUGUGAUCGCUGUAGAAGUUUUAGCCAAAAGACAUGUUUAAAUAGUCACAUGAAAGUCCACACAGGACUGAAACCUUUUCCUUGUGAGCUCUGUGGACAAAGAUUUAGCCAAAAGGCUAAUUUAAACACUCACUUGAGAGUCCACACAGGACAGAAGCCUUUUCCCUGUGAGCUCUGUGGACAAAGAUUUAGCCAAAAGUCACAUUUAAACAAUCACAUGAGCGUCCACACAGGGAAAAAAACUUUUUGCUGUCAGAUGUGUGGACGCGUUUUUAGCCGAAAGUCACAUUUAAAUAAUCACAUGAGUAUCCACACAGGACUGAAAACUUUUCCCUGUGAGCUCUGUGGACAAAGAUUUGGCCAAAAGACAACUUUAAACCGUCAUAUGAGAGUUCAUACAGGACAGAAGCCUUUUCCUUGUGAGUUCUGUGGACAAAUAUUUAGCCGAAAAGAAAAUUUAAACAGUCACACAAGAGUCCACACAGGACAGAAGCCUUUUCCCUGUGAGGUCUGUGGACAAAGGUUUAGCCAAAAGUCACAUUUAAACCGUCACAUGAGUGUCCACACAGAAUAAAUACCUUCUUCCUGUGAGCACUGUAGACAAAUAUUUUUAGCAAAUUUUUACACGAGAGUCCACCCAGGACAGUAGCCAUUUUCUUGUUAGUUCUGUGGACAAAAAUUUUGCCAUAGAAGGACUUUAUUCAGUUACGUGAGGGUUCACACAGGACAGAAAUCAUUUGCCUGUGAGCAAAGAAUUAGCUAAAAGACUAAUUUAAUUUAAACAAACACAUAAGAGUUCACAUGGGACAGAAGGAAAUACAAGAGUACUAAAAGGUAACCAUGUAGUUUUUCCAUGGGAGGUAUUAGUUUUGUAUGUCUGGUAAUAGUCCUUUAACACAGAUCAGUGUUGCUUCUGGCCCAUGAGCCACCAUUCCCUGCCCUGUAAGCCACAAUUUGUGGGCACUAAGAUGUGAAUGCUGUGCUGCAUCCUUGUUUCCAUUGAGAGGUGGCACAGCAUCAUGUCACAGAGUGGUAAUGUUGCACUUAUGUUAUAUUGUAUAUUGCAUGUUUUACUUGUAUUUAUUCUGAUGUGCAUGUUUUUAUUGAUGGCGUGUUUUUAGUUUGUUUGGUGCAACAUUGUGUUUCAUUUUGUGUUAUAAUCACCCCAAUCAUCUUCACCUGUGGCAGAGUGUUGCCUGGACUGCCAAUGAACAGACGCAGGCAGGACAGGUUUUAUUUAAAGGGAGGAACGCGUGGACCAGACAGCCAGCCAGGGUGGCAGACAGAGCCAGCUAAGAGGCAGAGACGCACCCUGGACGGUGUCUUGAGGACACA